AUGGCUACCUCGCCGACGCCGAUGAUCAAGGUCUCCGUGCUUCACGAUCGGGACCAAUCCCGCGAUGAGGAGACCUGUCAGAGCUUCAAGAAACGGUUACAGGAGGACCACCUGGAGCACCUCAAGAGCGGAUCCCCCGCGGGCUGGGACAUAGCGCCGUAUGAUGCGGCAGUCAUCUACUGGACGACUGAUUUACAUAACGUCCGCAACAUGAUCACUGAUCCGGAGUGGGAGGGCAGCGUGAGGAAGUUUGUCGUAGAUUGGAUUGACACGACAAAGGUGGAUGUGAUGGCUGGUACACAGACGACCUUCAUCGAGGAUGGCAAGGUCGUCUAG